UACGGCAAAGCGAGGAUGAUUUGUCUUGGGAGUUUUGCCCUCGGAAUGUUUAAAAUAGAGGGAUCAGACCAGACAAAUCUGGUGUAAUAAGCCUUACGUGUCAUCAAUGCAUUUUCGUCGAUGAAACUCUCUUGUAUCAUAGGCAGGGCCGCACGAAAACAAUAAAUCACUAAAUUGGCUACGGUACAGUACUACCGGUACGUUGUAUACUCCGAUUUGCCGCAGCGAGUUCGCUUACGGAAAAGCCACCUCGGAGCGGAUUGGAGCUUCUGCAACAGGUGUUCUUCGGCGGUGGGAAAAGACAUCUUUUUUGUUGCUGCCAUCAUCCAUCCAGCAGCAGAGGUAACCAUCACAACCAAAGACAACAACCCUGGUUAUUAUCUUCGAGUAUUUUCCCCUCUUUUGGCGUUGUGUUAAUAGCCAUAAAACCAAGCCAGAACAAAAAACUCCCGAAGUUCCUCUUGUUGAGCGAGUCUUGUAGAUCUCGACGAAACCAUAAACCUCGACCCUCUGUUGCAGAGAAACCACCAUCAGUCAGAUUUUCCUUCAUACAGACAUACCAUCACUUACGGUACUGAAUCGAAAGCCAUCCAGAGCGUUGCUGUGUUUGAUUAUGUUAACCUGAACAAACUACAAGACCACUACUGUAUACCCGCAAAUCCCAACUACCGUACAGGAGAAAGCAUUGCAAGCAAAUGUUCUUGGCCGAGGACGGUAGCAGGAUGGGGAAGCAAUUGGUGCGCAUGGCUAGUAAAGCUAGCAGCUGUCGAUCAUGGUCAUCCAUUUCCACCUCGGCGUCCUCUACCGAUCUGGCUGCUUCAGAGCCAGUGCCGUCCACUGCGAUGAUACAAGCCUUGAUUAGGGAUUUGAGCUUCUGGGACUUGAUCCCUCCGGUCAUGGUGCAGGAUACCUUUCCCAGUCCGCUGCCCAAACGGCCACUGCACAUGCAAUCACAACAACAACAAUGCAAUCAGCCUCUCCUGCAACGAGGAUCCAGUGUUCGAGAAGAUAGGCGACGCAGAAGCAAUGAACGAGAAAGGCCCAGGGGCGAUGGCACCAGCAAAGGAACCAUUAGUGAUCACAACAAUAAUCCCAAUUGGAGACCCGAGCCAGUGUGGAAAACAGCUACAGAUCCCAUGACGGGAAGAACCUACUAUUAUGAUGCUGUUACCCGACGAACGCAGUGGGAAAAGCCCACGGAGGUUCGCCAAAUGGAGAAGCAAAAGAAAUCGCAACGCCGUAAACGAAAUAAAUUGUUCUUUCACGAGAUGGAAUCCAACAUCCUGAAGAGCCUUAGUCGAGGGGAGCUCAUACCCGGAAUCCCCAAGGCCAAGUUGGAACCUACCGGACCUCCGCUUGAGCCUCGAAAUGCCAAUCGCAAUUUCCGAACACUCUCCCGCAUGGAUGACACCAUCUUGGCAGAGUUAAGGGAUGAUGUCGUGACUCCAGAAGAGUUCGAUCAGGCUUUGCGGCAGUCGAUGCGGUCCACCACCACCAAACAACCGCAGCACCAACGAAGCAACUCGCGAGGACGACCUCCUUUGCCAGAACCGACACGAUCGAUGGAUCGAAGGUCUCGCAGCCGAUCGCGGACGCAACGACAAGCUGCAAAUAAUACUCAUGGCGAGCCGUCGUCGGAAACCACGAGCACUCGAACGGCCAAAGCUCUGGUGGCGAGUCGCCAUCUGCCACCUCCGACGGGACGAUCUUCCAAGCCGCUCCAACAGCAUCCAGAGGGCGAAGAUCCCGCCAUGGCGGAUGCUCUCGCGGGAGAGCAUUUGCUCGAUGGCACGAUUCAAGCCGAGAUUCGAGCUCUUGCGGGUGGCGACGGUGACGACAAGUCAGAAGCAGUCAUCACGAUUAACAGCAAGAACCAUGUCCGUCGCAACACGGGAGGAACCAUCUACGUGAAUGGGACCAUGUCCAAUCCGAAUGUGGAAGCGACCAUCAAGUGUGUCUGUGGAGUGUAUCGGGCUCAUUUGGUACAGGCAUCCGAAGAACGCAACAAGCAUUCGCCCGUGUCUGUCAUGGCUAAUUUGGACAUCUUUAAUGAUUUGUACCACAUGCCACCGUCAGUUCGCAGGAAUCUCGCCAGUAGCAGUUUCACGCAGGAGUCACUCCCAAGUCUGGCCGACAUUGUGGAAUUUUACCAGGAGUUUUACCGACGCAGUCAAAUGGAAUUUGACACCAUCAUCAUGUCACUCAUCUACGUCGAACGACUCAUCAAGACGACCAAUGUUGUUCCUGGACCAACCAAUUGGCGCUCUGUCUUGUUCUCCUGCAUGGUCUUGGCCAGCAAAGUAUGGGACGAUUUGUCCAUGUGGAACAUUGAUUUCUCCAAUGUCGCUUCGGCCAACUCCAGCAAUAACCAACAGGCUCCAGGACUCUCCUUGUUCACCUUGCAGCGAGUGAAUCAGCUGGAAUUGGUUCUCUUGAAGAGUCUCGGUUUCAAUGUCAGAGUGCCCGCGAGUGAAUACGCCAAGUAUUACUUUUUGAUUCGCACCAUGUUGCUUCGAAGUGGACUCCUCGAAGGGGCGGCCAAGCCGCUGGGCAAAGAAGAGGCCAAGGUAUUGGAGAAUCGUACGAGCCAGUAUCAAGACUCCAAGCUCGGCAAGCAACAACGUGACCGACGCACCAAGAGCAUGUUUGAUUACACCUGGAUGGACAAGCCAUCGAAUCGACAAUCUGAAGGAGAAGGAAGCGGGCAGUGCGGUGGCCCUGUGCUCAAGGACAAGGUUUGCUUAGAGCAACUCGUCAACAUGAGAUAGACGUGAAACAGAAGAAAAGUGAAUCAGUGUACAUUCUGAAAAAUUGGAUUCGAUGUGUAGAUUGCAUGGAUGGAUGGAUAAUAAAUUGCGAUCAAAUGCGGUGAACGGCGGCAAUCACUGCUACGAGGACAACAUACACUACCUUGGACAGCAAGAUGUUCAAGGACGUCAAGUUAAAUUCAUUACAGUAAACAUAGAUUUUAGACAUCAGUCGUUGUGGUAAUAUAGCCAUUGAAGAGCGUCUGUCAAACUUUCCCUGGAACUCUCAACAUCGUAUUUUAUUGCCUGUUCAGAAAACCCCGAUUGAUCGAGAUCACGCACGCUAGCAAACAAACAAAAGAAAGUGGCGCAUACCGGUACCUGGUCCGGUCCUCGUAUCUUCAAACAAUUUCAGCUAAGGGUGACUAGACUCUACAUGCAUUUGAUGUACCGGUAUGAUUUCCUGCAGACCCAAAUAGUGAUGAUUGAGGUUCCUACUGUAUUGCUACCUCAUCUUAUUACGCCACUAUCUCUGAGGCUGGCUAUCUCCAGUUCAUCCAUGGAGAGAAUAUCUCUUAAAACUUCUUCCGUGUGCUCUCCAACAAACGGUGGUGGUGAUUCCACUCGUUCCAUGGAACUGCCUGACAGCUUGAGAGGAGAGCCAACCAUCUCAAUGGAGCCCAAGAUAUUUUGUGCUUCGUCUUUGAAGGUCAAUUCUUGCACAAGACCUCUGGCUCUAAUGUGUUCGUCGUUCAAUGCCUGACCCAUGUCAUUGAUCGGAGCAGCUGGAACUCCCACCUCCAGCAACCUUUCAACCCAACUAGUAGCAGUUUGCUUCGAGAACUCUGUAUUGAGCAAAGCCAUGAGUUCUUCUCGAUUUCUGACUCUGGCUGGAUUUGUUGCAAAUUUCUCGUCUGUGGCCCAUUCUGGAUGUUCCAAUAGUGAAGCAAGCUUGGCAAAUUGACCAUCAUUUCCACAAGCAAUGACAAAAUAACCAUCCGAUGCCGUGCAGUCUUGGUACGGGACGAUUGUUGGGUGUGCAUUGCUCAUUCUGGUGGGUACUUGCUUUGUCGUCAGAUAGUUGCUGGCAAUGUUCACAAGGGAUGAAAUUUGGGUAUCCAGAAGGGAUAUAUCCACAUGCUGUCCAACUCCAGUCUUUUCUGCCUGAUAAAGAGCCGCCAAAACUCCAUUCCCAGCAAACAAGCCGGCAAUGACGUCGGAAAUAGCCACGCCCACUUUUUGUGGUUCACCAGAUGCUUGUCCUGUAAUUGACAUGAGACCUGACAUGGCCUGAAUAGCAAGAUCAUAGCCAGGUCGGUCCUUGUAGGGCCCAGUCUGUCCAAAGCCUGUUACGCUGCACAUUAUCAAUGCAGGAUGGAUCUUUGAGACAGUCGCAUAAUCCAGGCCGUACGAGCCCAUACCUCCAACCUUGAAGUUUUCUACGACAAUGUGUGUCUUGGGAUCAGUGACUAACCGCUUGGCCACCGCUGCACCUCGUUUAUCUUUCAAGUCCAAUGCAAGACUCUUCUUGUUUCGAUUGACGCAGGCAAAGUAGGCACUCAUUCCCUUGUCUUCCAUGCCGUGAACAAACGGUGGGCCCCAUGCCCGAGUGUCAUCUCCCCUUUUUGGAUGCUCGAUCUUGAUGACUUCUGCACCAAGGUCGCCCAGCAUCAUACUGAGGAAGGGACCUGCUAGAACCCGCGAAAAAUCCACAACACGGACCCCGGUCAGCGGCUUUUGCAGCUGUUGGGUUGCCAUGGUCGAUUUCUGCCAGCAUGGUUUUUGGUUUUGCCUUUUUGAAGUUUUGAAGGCCCUCCUCUUCGGAAAUCCGGAAGCACACUGUCUCCUCUUCCGCAACC